CUGCUUGACCCUGCAAACCCGAUCGUCUCCCGUGCUGUCACCGAGGUCACGGCGGGAGCCGCCGUCCAGCUGAGCGUUUCGCUGCGGCGGACGCCCUUGCUUGUAUUCGACGGCUCGACAAGGCGGCGGUUUGCUUUCGAGGUUUUCUGUGUAUCGCACGGUUGCCGACGGGGCGCCUGGGUUGAGGCAAGUGAGCUUCGGGUGUGUGGUCUGUGAGGUGCGUGCGUGCGUCAAUGCAGUCAGCUGUUCCUCGUAGUGGCUUGGAGCGCGCCGCUGCACUGAAGACGAGGAGGAAGACGAGGACAGCCCCCAGGAGGAUGCCAUGAACAACCAUGCGUCCACGCGGAUCGAUGGGGGCCGCCGGGCCGUCCGCCGCAGUAACCUCAAAAAGGACAAAGGCAGCAGUAGCAGCAGCAGUACCAGCAAGAAUGCCGACCCCUUUCGGUUUGAAGGGGAGGGGCUCCUGUUCCGGGCCAAGCUCAUCGGCAGCCAGCCGGUGCCCGAGGCCCGAGGCGACCGCAUGUGCCAGGAUGCCAUGACUCGGCUCAAGAUGGUCGUGCGUUCGUCCGGGGAGCACAAACAAAGGGUUCAGCUGACCGUGUCCCUCCAAGGGAUCAAGAUUCGUGACGACAAGACGGGGGAGCUGGUGUUCCACCACCCAGUGCACCGCAUCUCGUUCAUCUCGCAAGACGCCAGCGAUGCCCGGGCCUUCGGCUACGUCUGUAUGACGCAAGAUGGCUGCCACCGCUUUAUUGGCAUCAAGACCGAGAAGGCGGCGUCCCAGCUGGUGGUGGCGCUGCGUGACCUCUUCCAGGUGGUGCUGGAGAUGAAGCAGCAUGAGUUGCGCCAAGCGCAGCUUGAGCAGCGGCAGCAGCUGCAGGAAUGGAAGCCCCCCACGGACUUCUCCAAUCGCGGGGAGGCACAGGAGGUGAUCUGCAGCCCACAGGCUGAGAGCUGUGGCGAGCCCGCCUCCUCCGCGGACAACAAGACUCCCACGGUGGACGACCUACUCGACUUACAGUCCGAGCUGGACUCUUUGCAGGAGGGGAUCCAGCAGAUGGAGACGACGAUAGCCGCCGCGGCCACGCUGGUAUCUACCGACCCGUUCGACACAUCCUUUAUUGUCGACCCCAGGCAGCAGCACCAUCAUCAUCCCGGCUCCCGUGCCUUCCUCUCCGAGCCAGCAACACCCGUGGGGCCACCUCCGCCUCUGUUGCCACCGCCGCCUCCGACUGCACGCGCCUCACAGUCCACCGCCUUCGCAGGGACAGCGCAGCAGCAGCACCGCGCUGUGCCGCCGCCGCGGACCCUGCCGUUUGGCGCCGUACCCCAGGUGACGGCAUCCCUGCCUCCGACUCCGCUGCCCGACCUGUUCGCCGAUCUGGACCCCUUGUCUGAAGGCAGUGGCAAGAGCAGUAGGCAUCGCCACACCGCCUUUGGCGAGCUCAAGAGCCCCCUGGACCCCUUGGCCGAAGAUGGUGGCAGCAGGCACCACUCCACUUUCAAUGAACUCCAGAGCCCACUUGACUCUUUCGCCGAAGGGGUUGAUAAACACCAGUACGCCAGCAUUGGUGAGCUGAAGAGCCCGCUGAACUCCUCGUCCGAGGGUUUCGGCAAGCUCAACAGCACGAGCAUCAGUAGUCCCUUGGACCCCUUUGCCGACGUUGUCGGCAAACCCGACCUCGCCGCUUUUGGAGGGCUCACGAGCCCCUUUGACUCCCUGGUUGACGGUGUCGGCAAGCCCAAAACCAACUCUGGCGAGCAGCUGAAGAGCCCCCUGAGCCCCUUGUCCAAAAGUCUCGGCAGCAACCACGGCGCCUUCAGCGAGCUCCGAAGCCCUCCCAGGAAGCCGCUCACGCCGCUGAGCAGUGCAGUCAGUGGCUGGCAGACUUUUGAGGAGGAGGAAGAAGACGAGGGUCCUCCUCCACCGGCCUUCCCGCCCCCGCCUCCGCCACUGGCCGUUCCACCACCGGAUGAGGGCUUCUGCAGUGGCAGCAACGCGUCCUCCGUGUCACCGUCCCGGCCAGCCACGGCGGCCACAUCCUCCUCCUCAUCGGGCAGCAGCAACAUCUUCAGCCGUUGCGGAGCGCAGGACCCUUUUGCGGAUGAGUUCUUUGCUGGGCCUGCUGCCUCCGGCAACCAGGACUGCUCGGCCAAUUCAAGCCAAGCCAGGCCAGCCCUCCUGCCUGGGCUCUCGAGCAGCUCGCCAUGGUCCGUGUCACCGAAGGCAGCGUUCUUCGGCCGCUGACCCGUUGGGCCAACCCAUGGUUCAACCUGUAAAUUGUGCGCAGACGACAACCUCGUCCGACUGCAUCCCGCAGCUUCAAGCGCCAAAACGAUGCUUCCCCGUUAACCUUUCUACUGGAGGAAACCUCACUUCUCCGCUCGUCAUCAGCCCUCAGAACUGUUUUUCUAGACUAGUAUAGGAAAUGGGGGUGCCCUGCCCGGCCCUGCUCUUCAAAUUUUGCAAACUCGGGCCUCCCGUGGUUGUGGUUGCAUGGUGUGCAGGGAAAAACCUGUAGUGUUGCUGAAGUUUGGUUGGAAAAAGGGGGGAGAGGUCUUGGCAUGGCUCACUCAGCCUUGUUGCUGCUUGCUUGAGGCGUUUGUCAUCCCGAACAGUUCCUGGUGCUCUCCCUCGGCAUUGGCGUCCAAAAGCUUUGUUUUCUGCGUGAACGCUUUGAUCGUAAAGAGAGCAAGGGCCACGUGCAAGCGAGUUGCCACAUGCAAAAUCAAAUGCUCACAACACACUGCUCUUCAUUUUGCUGCUAAGCCUGCAGCAGAAGAUAGGUGGACCUAGGCCAAAUGUAAAUCACUAUUUUAUACACCUUUCACGCAAAACUUUGGCUGCAGCAGCAGCAGCAACUGCAGCAGUGUGUUUUCAGGAGGCCCCGACGGCUUCUGGCCAUUUGUCAAAAUGAGAGAGAGAGAGAGUUUAUAAGUAUGUUGAAUUUGUGUUUUGUUUCUGUUUUGGUCACCAGAGUGUAUUGUUUUUCGAGUCGUCUGCUGUUGCAGCAGGUAAAGCAGAUCCUGCUAUUCAAUGGCCAUGUAAUGGCAAACUGAGUCGUCACCCUUAAAGCCUUCCAGCUUAGCAUGUGUGUGUUGGAAAUGUUUGCGAGUCACAAAUUUUGCCCAGAGCUAUCGAAAGGAAACUCUGCUCACAUUAACGGUGGCCAUCAUUUUGAGUGACUCCUCGUGAAAGCGUGUUCACACGUUGUAUGCCGAUUGUCGUCCUGGCCCUGCCCAAUUGUUGGUGUUCCACUGUUUGCAAGCGGGCUGGUUUAAUGUAGAGCGCCAAGAAUAGUUCUGAAAUGUAUCACAGAGGAAUCGUCGUCGUGUUGCCAGCUUCUUGCGGGGGCCUGAUUUUUGUUUUUGGAAACCUUAAUGUUUCCUAUGAGCUCUUGUUUGUUGCUUGAAGGGAGCACCACAGUGGGCUGAAGCGUUACUAUGUGUUACAGGCUGCACUUGCUUGCCGAAUUCCAGUUGCAACACGAUUGCAACACUUUUGUUACUUCUGGGCUUACAAGUAAGAAUGACGGGUGUGUUUUGUGUGUGUUUUGUUGACAUUUGCCACCUUUGAGUGGCUUAGUAGUUUAUAUAUGUGGCUUUGCAGCAGCUUGCUUUUGCUUGCAAGAUCUGAGAGGAAGGGAACACAAAGUGCUCCAGAUGUGUAAUGGAUAUUUACCGCGCGUACUGGAUACGCAUGCCAUACUGGUACCAAGCGUGCGAGAUGCGUUCGCGUGUUACAAGGCACAGAUGGUGCGUUUGUGCACGAAACUGUGCCGGCAACAUGGAAUUGACACGAUUGCAGAGUUUAUAUAUAAUAUUUACCUACUGCUUUUCUGAAUCUCAGUAGAUACUAUGGGAAUGGUGUGUGUAUGCGUGUGUAGGCAGUAGGUAGCAUUGGUCGGGCACUGUGGAAAUAAAACUUGAGCAAGGGGGCAUUGAGAUGACUGAGCUGUUCAAUUCACUUUGCCAUCUUUCUUGUGCUACAAGCUCAUGAAAUUUCGUCUUCUUACGAGACCCUCCGUGAAGCCUUCUGGCUUGACAUCAUGUCUGCAUUUGUGCAUACUGCUGCAAACUCCUAUUAGUAUCAACUCCGGGAGAAGGAAUAAAGUCUUUGCAUAAGACACACACAAAUAAAUGUCCCCAUAAGUCAGUGUGGAAUAUUUUUUUUGUUCAAUUGACACACGUUUACUGAGAAAAGGCAUCCAAACAUGACAAUAAACGAAAUAUGCCAUUAUAUGUCACUUCCUUCUAUAAUUUGAGUGCAGCCAAGUCAAUAGUUAAGCCAGUAGAGCAGUAUGACUGUCGUUCUUAUUUGUACAGUAUUCGGUACAAUCCGUAUCUAUACUUAACCCUUGAACUUGCAUGCUUUCGGUGCAGGUAGUUGGUAUGAAACUAUAAUACAUGGCUGUGUUUUCGUACGUGUGCAGACGCCAUUCUGCUAAGAACGCAUGUUCUUUUAUACCAGAUUUUCACUUGUGCAAUUUUUGAUGUCAAACUCAGCGUCGUCAGCUUAGAAGUUGCUGCAUCAUUAAAAAUUCUGCAGUGCAUCCACAUCAGUGUUUUCCACAAUGCGACAAUUGUCGAUUUUUCUGAAAUAGUACUCCAAGCCUUAGCUAGAGUUGACAGCACAACCUUAUGGACCACAUGAACAUGUGAAAGUGCAUCUUCGUGUCUUCUAUCAGCGUGGCAUCGACUGUAGCAAGCAUUUCUAGAGUGAGAAUGCGUGCUUUUGUGAUUGUAGGCUUGUCGAUUCCAAGCUUCUUGACAGCACCUGCCAUGGCGACAGAGGGUACGGAGAUGCAUUUUGCCAUGCGCUAGCAUGUUCUGUAAACCUUUUCCACCAACUGUACAAAGUUGCAUGCAGUGUACGGGCAUGGUGUAUGCGAUGCUUGCUGCACACAGUGCGAUUCGUGGUGUGCACUUCAUCUUCAUGAAAGAGGGCGUGCCAGCAUUUGGGAGGUUGCACUGCUUUUGUGUUGCACGACUUCAAGCGGCUAGGCAAUUGUCAGCGUCGCAUGGACAUCAUUCUUAAAUGUUUCUUUUUUUCCCUAGAUUUGUGUUGCAUCACCUGUCUUGGCUUUCUUUUGAUAAGAAGCCUAAUCACACAGUGACAGUGAUUGAUGCAUCGUAAAGCUUUUGGUACGACGUGUUAAACAGGGGAGAGCACUGCGAGAUGUGCAAGUACCAAUGCUGCCAACACCAAAACACCACGAAGCUAUCCAAGACCUGUCCAUUAAUAACCUUUUGCCCAGGCUUCCUGGGGGUAGACGUUUUAGCCAAGCACGGCGCUUGCACGUGUUUGACUUCUCUGUGAGCGCGUUCACACGUAGGAGUGAAGUCCUCUCGAACUUGCGCAGAGUUAGUGCGUCCAACGUAGUCUAGGAAAGAAAGGUCGCCGAGUCAGUAUCUCGGAUUUCGGCUUUGUAGCGAAGGUCUAGAGAAGCAACACAGGGACCAGGCAAAGUGUUAAGACGAUUUCAGCAUGUUGAUGCACUUUUGAUGUGCCUGAUUGAACUUCUUGAGUGUGUACUGCUAUCGUGAUUAUCAAACGGAACUGGUUACACGUUGGUUAUGCUCAGUGCCACACUCGUUGCUCUUUUGGAACUCGCUGCAGGAAUAUCGAAAAUAUAUCCAGGGUAUUGCCGUUAUUUUGAAGCACAAGUACCGAGUGUUGCACAAAUAAGAAAAGCCAGGUAUACAUGGCUUUCGUAGAUACACCGCUGCCAGAUUUUUACUAUAAUUUUGCAUGGAUAUAGCACUUCGAAGUGGGUUGAGUUCUAUACAUUUGCAAGCAUUACUUGCCUCUUUCAUUCACAAUACAGAUGAAGUGCAUGUCGUCUGACGCGAUGCCACUCAAAAGAUGUUCAUUUUGCGGCAAUGGAAUGGUGGCGCCAUCUGUCAGCACUGUAGCAAAAGGUAUGUCCCACGGUAGCUACGGUGACAGAUAGCGCCACCAUUCUGUUUUUUAGCAAAACUGACAUGUUUUUUUUAGUGGAAUCACUGCAGACAAUGUGCACUUCUGCUUUGUUGUGAACAAAACAGGCAUGCAACGCCUGCAAACGUGGUAUGAAACUGAGCCCACUGCAAAAUUCUGCAUCUGUCCGAAUGAAAAUCAGCCAGCGGUUUAGUAUUUGGAAAGGGUCAUGUAUGCCUAGCAGUUUGACUUGUGCAAUACUCGGUGCACUAUCAGAAAUACUCGACAUGUACAAUUGCCACAAGGUUUACAGCCUUUAUUUUUGUGUCUGUUAGGGAGGAAAAUUUGUACAAAGUACUCAAAGGUUGUCGCGGAGGUUUUAUUUAUUGCUGAGAGUGACAUUUCUUGGCAGUCGAGUUAAAAGAUUAAAAGUGAUCGUUGUUGCUGUCUUGGCACGCUUGCCAAUACAUAGUGCUAGGCACUUCUUUGCCAGUCCUUGUGUGACGCGCCUCUGCAGCCAUGCUUUAGAGCCAGUUAGGUAAGCUCGCGGCCUCUUAUAUAUGCAUAUCGGACACCCAUGUUGAGGCAUACCUUGUUUGUGCAUCGGCAUUGUGUACAGUAGCAUUCAGAGUGGCGUCCUCUGAUGGAGGGAAAGGCAUUGUGGGAUGGCUUGCCAUGUGCACUCGUAGCAUUUGUUGGGUGGAUGCCACGUGGAAAACUGCAUCUAGCAGAGUUCUACCUGUGGCGAAAGUUGUCGUACAUCACAUUUUUUUGUGGCCGUGAACCUCAAGUUAGUGCAAUAGUUGUGUCACCAGUGAGUUGGGUGAUGUUUGUUGAGCUGCGUGGCAAUGCUGGAUGGUGUAAAAGGGCUAAUAGUAAGCAUUUUGUUUCACUUAACUGCAGAACUCGACGAAACUAGAGCCAAUGUAUUAUAAUGAGGUCCUUUCUUCUGUUCUCGUUUUGCUGUGCUGGCUGUUCAAAUAUGGUGAAGGUGGCUGCAUCCAGACGUUCCACCCAAUGAUAAAGGGCAGAAACAGAUUAAAAUGACACUGGAAUAUGAGGUAUCUUGUCUCAAUAAAAUAUUGUGUAUAAAAAGAACAUUUCUUUUCACAGGCACAGUCUUUGAGUGCAGACGUAUGUCAUGCUGGAACAUUACUUGUAUGAGCACGUAAUGGAGCCCGGAAGAGAAGCCUGUCGACAAAGUUUGUAUGAGAUUAGGCAUUGCGGGGCCAGCUGUCUUUCCUGCUUUGUGUGAUGAAAAUUCUGAAAUAAUCGUACCCAGGCUUAUAAGCUUUGCGUUGUGAGUUGGUUAGAUGUGUUGUUGCACAGCAAAUUUUUCUUCACUAGAGGUUAAUUUUGGGGUUAACGAUGUGCUGUUGUGCAGUGUUGUACGCUUUUCUUAUAAGUGGUGCCUGUACUUCAAUUCCACGCAAUGUGGGAAGCUAUGGUCUGCGUCAGCCAAUCAAGAUGAGAACAAAAACAAUGGUUCGCCUGUUGUCUGUUACUAAUCCUAUCAUGCUGAUGCCUGUUGAAUGAAAGGAUCACGGAAGGAUUGGUCAUGCUCACGGGCAAUUCCUCCUUUCACCGAGAUGUGCACCUUGUUUUCAUUUCUGAUUGGCCGAAGCCUGUGUAGCUUCACUGCACUGCAUGGAAUUGUGAGGUGAAGUACAGGUUGUGCAUGUUACGACCUGUGACCAAUGCUCUCUGGGUUGACUUUUGUCUGAUGCUUGCUACGUAGACGAAAAUACGUUUGACUCAUUUGUCACUGCAGUGAGUGUGUGCCUUGGAGAUAAGUUGUGCUGAAAUGUUAUGUAUUAAUUCUGUAGAUAAGAGAUGAAUGUUUAGAGAGUGUUUUUUGGCUUGUGAUCAUCGGCUGCGCCCAUGAUGUCAGCCAGAUGUGUGUGAAUCAAAUUUAUGAGAAGGUCGGGUCUAUCCGUGGCAUAUUGUCUAGGAUGUCAGGCGUUUCUUCAUUGGGCUGGUCCUUUUUGAUUUUGUUGUAUGGACACUGGAAGUCUUGUUCUUUCAGUGUCCGUGAAGUUAGCUGGCAGUGGGAAUGGCUGCAUUUUUGGAAAGUGUUGAUGGGCUUCGUACCAAUUAUUGGUGCAGAGAGGCUGUCCGUAACGCGAGCCAUGCUCGGAUUGCGAUCACAAGUUGAGGAGGUGCCUCAGCGUGGGUUUUCGAGAGUCGGCGAGUUACAUCUCGGAGUGUACUUAUUUCGUGAUUGCAAGUGCUAGAAUGAUAAAGUUCUCUGGCCCAUUUUCUCCAUGGCCUGACUUGCGUGACUUGUGCACGCUUCCUACGCUUGGCAUCUUCCGAGAGGAAUAUCCCGAAUAUCAAGGUUGAGUAAGCGUGCCGUAGUGGGUUGCAUAUUUGCCAGCGGUUCACCCGAAGCCAAACGCAACGUGCCCCUAAAAAGUGCCCCUAAAAAAAUCUUACGCAAAACUUCCAUGUGUGUGCUCAACAUUGUGAAAACUGUAGUUCUGAAACUCUUCGAAACAUUUUAUAUACUCAUGCCUAACUGCACUGCAGAGUUCCGCCGAGACUUUAGGUUGGCACAAGCAUGCUGCCCUUAGGUUUUGUUCUGUGUUGUUUGUAAAAGCUCUUACAGAAAGCAUGUCUGUGCACUCUAACUGCCAAGUGUAAGCCUGCUGUAAUAACCGUUUGGCUGCCGAACCCAAGUGUGCUUAUGGUUAAAACUAACAGCGCAGCAAAGACAAAGACGAACGCAAGCGACCGAGCAGAAUCAAAUAGAAAUUGCACCUUCAUGGCAAUGAAGUUAAUUGCUCAAGGGCAAACCUUUUAUAAAACUGCCACAAUGGCUCAUUUUCUUGACCUUAUAUGCUUUAGUAACAUAAUUAAAAGGGUCUGAAGGUGAGCUCGUUGGUAUGCAUUCAUAGUGUAAAAAACAGCGCUAAAAACAUGGACAGAAGGAAGAACACAGGACGAGCGCUGUUCUGUGCUCUUCCUUCUGUCCAUGUUUUUAGCACUGCUUUUUAAACAUAAUUAAAACACGGAAACUUGUUUGCAAAUAGCUUGCAAGUCUAAUUCAAUUAGAGCAGCGAUAUUUGAACGUCUGUUGCCAUCUAGUACAUUGCAAGGUGGGCUUGUCACUAGCCAAAAUGUGGUCAUCACUUACGACAAGCUGAGGUCAAGAUUUCUCAUGGGGUUAACAUGACGGUGAAUCUUUGUUAGAUCAGCUAGCAUAAAAAAUUGUAGAAAAACAGGCGAGUAGUAGUAAAAAAAAAAAAUACGAGAACACUUAAGCACUUCUUAUGAGUUGUGAAUGCGAAAGCAUUAAUGUCCAAUUGAAAGCCGCUGAGCGGUCCUUCAAGUUAUGAACUCCUUGCGGGCAAGCGAGCGCGUUGAUAUGCUUGGCUCGUUGAUUUGGCCUUUGUAGUUAGAGCGCAGGCGAGAGCCUGCACAGACAAGGAACUUGCGGAUAACACAGACUUCCGGGAGCGAGGGUGAUUUGGAGUUGGCAGUGAUGCCCUCUCCCCUCGCACAACACGCGGCGUGCUACUGCGGCGGCAGGUGUCCCGAGGCGCGCUCGUGACAGGGCGUCGCAGCCAAUGGGAAUUUAGCUGCCAUUUCUCUGCUACAGGUGCCGAACGCCAGCUUUUUCAUUCAAUGAUCCAUCUGACACUUUCGCUUCCAUAAAACUAUUGUUGACCAGCUACCAAUUUGUCUAGUUUUCCCUCCGCCCAAAUUUGCUCAUUGCCAUGUUUCAAUGCCCCUUACAUUUACUCCCAAUUGUUGCUGGCUCAAAGUAGGGCUUCCAAGUUUGUCGCGACGAAAAAAAAAAAAAAAAAAACGUCGAUCAUGAUAAAGAAAGAGAUGGGGGUAAGUUGCUAUGAAAAAUUGUCAAAUGCGAGAUUCAUGCAGGAAAGCCGAGAUGUUUCCUAUGACAAAAUUAAACCACUUCAAAGACAUAUGGGCUCGGAUGGAUAAUGCAGGCUAGUGCAAGAUGUGAUGAUUUCUGACUGUGGCCGUCUUAACGUGAUGCAGUUGGGUUCUUUGUAUUCUUUACAGGAAGAUGGUGCUUUGUUCAAAUUCACCCCUGACAUUAAAGAUCCUUUAGGGGAAUGGCAUAAAGAGUUUGAAGUGGCAGCUAUUAACGAGUCUGCAACAAUAUUUCCAAGAUGCACUUAAACAUGGGUCAUAUACAUAGUACACCUUAUGUAGCAGUGCAGUAACUUCCUCCUAACAUGGACACUGCAGGGGUUCGGGAAAUAAAUUGGCAGUCAGAGGGUUAGCCGUGCCACUAAAGUCUUUGCUGCUUCCUUUAGUGUCUUCCUGGAAUAGUCUGCAAAAGGCAGUGAUGGGGCCAUCGGCAAUGACAGUUUCAGAAGUUUUUUUAGGGGGCUUUACUGCUAAAAAAUAUUUGCGCAUUUGGCUUAGGGUGGUACUGCUUUUGCUGGGAAAGCUGUGUAAUCGUGCAUGCUUAUUUGUUGAAACCGUUUUGAAAAGUGCCUUUGAGCACAGUAGCAGAUAGCUCCGUUACUUGAAACCAGAACAUGAAAUGCAAACAAGACGGUACCUGAUGAAUUAAACUCGCGAAACCUACUCAAACAGAUGCGCUAUCGGCAACAGUAGUUUGCAAAAGAAUAUCCUUGUGGCCAUAACACACAUUAUUUGAUUGAAGUAUGCACUCUCCACUAGUGUGUGUAUGUGUGUGUGUACGUACGUGGCCAUGAUUGGGUACUUGUUUCCCAAACUACGAGGACAUUGUUUUGAAUGGGUGUGGAGCAUCAUAAACAUUUAGAACUAGUGCCAUUGUGGACAAACGAAACUUAGAGCAAGUUAGCGCUGACCAGAAAUCGUUCUUUUGUUACUGCUUUUCAUCAUUUUGUGUAAAGCCGGCGUCAUUUUGGAUUGCAUGCUUAGCUUGGGGCCUGCCCAAUCUUUGGUAACUAGAUAUGCAACGAUGCAAAAUCGCUCUCUCAAAUUAUUACUCGAAGAAGGUGUCCUACUUUAUACUCUCUCACUAGCUUUUCAUUUCUCUGUGAUAGUACCUGUGCUAGAACCUUGCUAACAUGUUUCUGAACUAUGUUUUCCCGGUUAUCACAUUGCUGAAGCCCAGUACGUGUUACGUUGAUGGUAUGUUAACAGUGUAGCCCGCUUGCCAGCUGCUAAGCCGUGCUCCUACAGUUCGUGAAGAACCUAUUGUAGUGGUCAUGUUGCAUAAGCAUCUGCAAGACUACUUCUCACUGACACAUUUGGCGUGUGGUCAGAAGUAACGAUUUGGUUGCAAUGAUUUAGACCAGGGGUCUCAAACAUGCCGAUGCCUAAAAACUUGUGUGCAGCUAUUGGACACUCGUGACUAUGCCAUCACCACAGAUAUAAAGUUGCCGAAGCCUUGUGCAGUUCCAUCCCAAACUGCAAGCAUGCCGUGGUGUUGUCCUAAACAAGCUGCAUGCUACGUAGACGGUUUGAAACCUGAGGCAAGUUUGAGACCUCCGAUCUGAAAAAAUCCUAGCUUUGAAAAAGCACUUCAGUCUUCACCCUAAGCAAUUUCUUUCACUCAUACCAGCAUCCUUGGCUGUGGCUGUAUUGGUACCGGCUGAUUCAAGCAUUAGGAUUCAAUGAAGCAAUUUGUUCUGUGGACGGAGUGGCACAUGGUUCGGCACUGCCGAAUUGUACCAGAAGCACCCAAUCUGUGAAACGAGUUGGUGAAUUGGUUAAUUGAGUGAAUCCACUUCACAGCGCAAAUUUUGUAGGCUGACGUUCCGGGAAACACCAUGCCGUCUUGUUGGCGUUUCAUCUUGUGGCGAACACUGCUCUUCUGCCUAUGUGAUCCUACAAAGCCGACGUGCCCACUUUCGUGACUGAGAAGCCCUCUUCUCUUUGUGCGGGCAGACUGUAGGCUUAAAAUAAAGUGCAAAGCAAUGAA